AUGGAUCCCCAGGGACUUCAUCUUCUUGCAGACGACAUUAGGAAGGUGGUGGACUACGACGACUACACGAUUAACGAGUCGGUUCUCUUUGCUCUUGACGAGCGUUGGGGUCCUCACACCUGCGAUAGAUUUGCCUGCCAUUACAACGCGAAGCGUCCGGCAUUCAAUUCCCGGUUCUACCAGCCUGGGUCAUCCGGUGUCAACGGCUUUGCUCAAGACUGGUCCAAGGCCGAUAACUGGCUCUGCUUUCCUGUUUGUUUGACAUUAAAAGUUAUCAACCACUUGCAUGCUUGCAACGCUGCUGGUACUCUGGUUGUUCCCAUUUGGAAGUCAGCGCACUUUUGGCCAAGCCUUUGUUUCGAUGGCUUACAUUGGACCGGUUUCGUCCAUGAUUGGAUUAUUCUUCCCAAUCUGCCGAACUUGUUUGUCAUACAUACAUACAUACUUAUUCAAACUCAUAAUAACUACAUGAAUUUGAAAGGGAGAGUCUAGAGGUUAACCCAAUGAAUAAAACUCUCCUAAAAACAACAAACAAACAAUAAAAAUUACAAAAAGGGAACCGGAGUAGUUCAGUGAACGCGGGAGUGAACCGGAGUAGGUCAGUGAAACAGCAAGUAGUAGAGUAGUUCACACGCAGUUAUAUGAUUUUCUGGCUUCAGAGGCAAAGCCAAGAAUUCAAUUUUUGGUCGAGGUCCGCUCGCGUUCUCGCUCUGCUUAUUGACUUUAGUAUUCCUCGAAGGCAACGACGCUUUUCGUGUUCCCAUAAUCUAGAACAGGUUGCCGUUGGUUAUAAGCUUAACAUUAACUUGAUCAGUUACCUGCACGUCUGUUAAAGGACUCAGCUGAAAUAAUUGCCAAACCGUUGACUACUCUUAUUAAUGCUUCUUUGAUUUAUGGUUACGUCCCCUCUGAAUGGAAAUGGACACGUGUAAAUCCUUUGUUCAAGAAUGGCAAAUCAAAAUGACAUGGAUAAUUAUCGACCGAUAUCUGUACUACCGACCAUAUCCAAGGUUCUGGAAAGAGUAGUUCACACGCAGUUAUAUGAUUUUCUGGCUAGAGAAAAGUUAUUGAGUCCCUACCAAUGUGGCUUCCGCAAGGGCCACUCUACUGAUUUGGCUGUCUUAUCAUUCACUGACAACAUAAGGCGCAGUAUGGAUCAGGGUCUACUAACUGGUGCAGUUUUCAUCGAUUUGCGGAUAGCGUUCGACACAGUGGACCAUGACCUGCUACUGGAGAAACUCACGAUGGGAUAUGGAGUCACUGGAAAAGAGCUUGGAUGGUUUAGGGAUUACCCAACCGAUAGACGACAAGUGGUGACAGUCCAAAGUACUCUGUCAGACCCUUGUGAUGUUGCUUUUGGUGUGCCACAAGGUUCAAUCCUUGGACCAUUGUUGUUUGUGCUGUUCAUCAAUGAUUUACCUACUGCUAUCAGCAAUGUAAUAUAUUAUUAUACGCUGAUGAUGCUGUUGUUUUUGCAGCCCACAAGGACAUUAAAAUCUUGCAGGAAACUUUGAAUGCCGAACUAGAUGAAGUGAAUAAAUGGACUCUCAGUAAUUUUCUUUUUAUCAACAAAAGAAAAACAGAAUUUGUAAUUUUUGGAACUGAUGCUAGGCUUUCUAAAGCUACUGACACAGUAGUUAUCAAAAUAGGUGAUUAUGAAAUUAAUAGAGUUUAUGAUUUUAAGUAUUUAGGCAUCGUUCUUGACGAUAGUCUUACGUGGAAAGACCAUGUUCGUUAUGUUAUUUCUAAGGUUGGUAAAAGAGUUGGUGUCUUAGGGCGCCUUAGAAGGAAUAUCACUAUACAUGCAGCUUUCGAGAUGUAUAAUUCAUUAAUUUUGCCCAUUUUUGAUUAUUGCGAUGUUGUUUCGUCCAGCUGCAAUAAAGCAGAUAUAGAAAGUCUUGAAUCUUUGCAAAGGCGUGCCUCGAAAAUUAUAGUUAAAUCUAAAUGUGGUACAACAUCCACCGACUAUCUUAAAUUUCAGAGUUGAGAAGAUCGCCGUUAACGCUCAUAUUUUAGGUUUAGUGAAGAGGUGUUUAAAUAAUAAUGUACCACAGUCUUUAAAGAAUUAUUUUAAGUUGAAUAAGGAAGUUAUUUCAAGAGAAACAAGAAGAAGCAAUUUUAUAUACUUACCUGCAGUAAGAACUGAGACCGCCAAGAAACGUUUUUAUUAUAAUGGCUCAGUUGUGUAUAAUAAUUAUUUAGUAAAUAAGAAUUAGUUUUAAUUGUUAAACUGUACUAUUAUUACCUUAUAGUUACUUAGUUUCUUAUUAUUUAUUUUGAACUUUUUUAUUAGUCUUAAUUUAGGGCUCCUGUUGAUAACAGAUAUACUUUUAAGUAUUCUGAAGGGAUUACCCUAGUUAAAUAAAGGUCUACUACUAACUGUUAUUGACGUUGCUUUGCAUUCUUAGCUGGAGGUCGCUCAAGUUGGUUUCAUGAGCACGGCCUAGAGGCCCCUUAAACACGCACUUGAGGGGUGUUUUCUUUUUGUCCUCAUUCAUUUUCAGUUGAGAAUUGUCGAAUUUUGUUUUAAGACCACGGACUGGGGGCCUCUUGAGAAUCACCCCUUCAGUGGUUUGCUUGCAAGUCUUUCAUUUUCAGUAGAAAACUGUUGAAUUUUGCUUUAAGUGAAUGGUCUGGAGGCCCUUGAGACACAACCUGGAAGGGUAUGCCCUUUGAAGGCAGUAGGUUUCGUUAUUGCUUAUAUCAUGCCUAAAAUUAGUUUUACCUAUUUGUUUUUCUAGUGUCAUAUCGGCUAUUGAUGCUUUAAUAGGUUUGCCCCAAGUAACCAUGUAUAAUGGUUAG